CUGAACAUGGCACGGCUGAAUUUGUCUGAGGCUGUGAAUUGGCCACAAUCUUUAAGCAAGCUCACUUUACUGACAGAGCUUCAGUUAUCCCAGUGUAACCUUCCUGAUGUCAAUCUAAGAUCACUUUCCUUUAUUAAUUCUUCCACCUCUCUUCAACUCCUUGACCUCUCUUGGAACUCUCUUAAUUCUUCAAUAUUUUAUUGGAUAGCCAAUGUCAGUAGCAACUUUGUCCAUAUUGAUCUCUCUUUCAACAAUCUCGAAAGUCCCAUCCCAGAUGUCUUCACAAGCAUGCUUUCUCUAGUAACACUAUAUCUGUCUUCGAAUCAACUUGAAGGUCUCAUCCCAGAUGUCUUCACAAGCAUGCUUUCUCUAGUAACACUAGAUCUGUCACGGAAUCAACUUGAAGGUGGGAUACCAAAAAGCUUUCAAAACUUAUGCAGCUUAGAAUCGUUGACCUUAUGGUCAAACCAAUUGUCUGAAAACAUUGAGGACUCUGUUAAAACCUUGUCUUGUGCUGAGAACACACUUGAGACCUUGCACUUGUGUUUGAACCAACUUUGGGGGUCCUGGCCAGAUUUGAAACGUUUUUCAAAGUUAAGAGAGUUAGAUCUUUCCAUUAAUCAACUAAAUGGCUCUGUACCCGAGAGUGUCGGGCAACUCUCUAGCCUUGAAUUUUUAUCUCUCGGGGGUAAUUCUUUCACUGGUGUCAUAACAGAAUCCCACUUUCUGAACCUCUCUCGUUUACAGAUUUUGGAGCUUUCUGGUAAUCGUUUCUCUAUCAACCUGAGCUCUGAUUGGAAUCCACCAUUUCAACUUGGUUUGUUAGGCAUGUCCUCUUGCAAGGUGGGCCCAGCUUUUCCCAAGUGGAUUCUAACGCAGACAAAUCUUACUCUGCUUUAUCUCUCUAAUGCUGGACUAUCAGGAUCAUUACCUAAUAAGUUUUGGGAUCUAUUUUCCGGCUUAUCUGAUUUAGAUCUCUCUAUGAACCAAAUCCAUGGAAAACUGCUGAAUCUGUCAUUGACAAGCUUGAGUUAUGUUAACUUGUCUUCUAAUCUAUUUUCUGGCGCAGUGCCAUCAUUUUCUCCUAUGCUAGGAGAGAUGUAUCUCUCGAAUAAUAGGUUUUCAGGACCUUUGUCUUCCUUAUGUGCAACGCAGUCUCCAAAUUUAAGGUCUGCUGACAUUUCUAAGAACCUAUUGUCUGGGGAGCUUCCUAAUUGUUGGAUGCAAUUUCAAGAAUUGCAAGUGUUGAAUUUGGGAAAGAAUAAAUUAUCUGGAAAAAUACCAAGCUCGUUAGGUAAUCUACAGGGAAUUGUGAUAUUGCGUUUACGUGAUAACAACUUUUCAGGUGAAUUGCCUUCUUUAGAGAACUGUACCAGAUUAUCGAUAGUUGACCUUGGCAACAAUAACUUGUCGGGAAAGAUUCCAACAUGGAUUGGCCAAAGCCUACCAAAGUUGGUGAUUCUACGCUUACGGUCUAAUGAGUUCAGUGGAAUCAUACCCUUGUCCUUGUGCACUCUAGCUGCCAUUCAUGUAUUGGACCUCUCUCACAACAACAUUUCCGGAGGCUUGCCGCAUUGCUUCAAUAACAUCAGCCAAAGCGCUAAUAAUCAUCAUAUCCAUUAUCCUUCUUUCACUAAUGUGUUAGUUAAUUCAGAACUCAUGUGGAAGGGAAUAGAAAGAGAGUUUGGGAAAAAUCUUGCUGGUAUGAGAAGCAUUGACAUGUCAAGCAACUGUUUGAUGGGGGAAAUUCCUCAAAGUAUAGCAAAUAUGACAGAGUUGAAAUCACUGAAUCUGUCAAGAAACUAUUUGACAGGAAAGCUUCCCGAAAACUUUGGUAACAUGAAGAUGUUGGAAUCUCUUGAUUUGUCAAGAAACCAGAUAUCUGGUAAAAUUCCUACAAGUCUUGCGAGCUUAAACUUUCUUAGUGUCUUGGACUUAUCACACAACAACUUGUCAGGAAGAAUUCCGUCAGGCACCCAACUUCAGGGUUUUAAUGCUUCUGCAUAUAUGGGAAAUCUUGGACUUUGUGGACCACCGCUGACACCAAAUUGCCCACCAGAUGGAGCAACUCAAGCUGAUGAUAACAAAGAAUAUGAUAAUGAUGGUCUCAUAAGCCUGGGAUUUUUUAUCAGUGCUGUGCUAGGAUUCGUCAUUGGAUUUUGGAUGGUCUGCGGCAGUCUACUGCUUAAGACUUCUUGGAGAUAUGCUUAUUUCAUAUUCCUGGACAAUGCAAAAGAUUGGAUUUAUGUCAAAACCGCUGUGUACAAGGCAAAAGUGCAAAGGAGACUUCAAAGAUAAAUGGAGAUUCUGGCAUUCGAGGAAAUGAGCCUAAUGAUCCCGGAAGUGGAAAGAUUCAAGGUUUAAUGUUGAAGGUUUUCAGAUGUCGUUGCUUUCUCUUUCAGCAAGAAAUAAUUAUUAUGCUUUUAUCUCUUGAGAAAUGUGUGUGAAUAAUGGAUUGUAUGUAGUAUGAGCUGGUAUCACUUUUAUUCCAUCUUUCUGGCUGUAAUUUAAA